AUGAAAUUCUAAUACAAAAUAUAAAAUUCUUACGAAUAAAGAACAUCAUUAUCUUUUCGUCUAAUAGAAAAGCAUGGAUAAAUGAUACCUGCAAUCCUUUAGUUAGAUAUAAGAAACAUUUAACAUAAAGAAAUUCCUGAUAGACUUUUAAAAAGUUAAAAAAUGUUGAUUAGAGACAGUAUUUCAGUUCAAGAACUAUUCAUAAUACUUAAAUAACAAUACUCGCAAUAUAUGACAUCUAGAGAUGGACUAUUCAUAUUUAUUAGCGGAAAUAAAUUAUUAUCAAAUUCAUUUUCAAAAUCUCUUAAAGAAAUUUAUUUACAAAAUCAGGAUAAUGAUGGUUGGCUUUACUUAGAAGUGAGAUUACAAGAGAAAUCUGGUUGA